AUCCACUGUGGCGACCUCUUGUGUAUAAGAGAACAGCCAAAAGCAGAUGAUCAAAAAACAUCACAAACAAAAGUCCUGCCAGCUAAAUAAACUUCAAUCUAAGCAAGUACAAUGAAGAGACAGGAAAACCAGGCGGCCAGGUCUACAUCAGGCUGCCUCUCUGUGCCGCUCUUUAACCAGAAGAAACGAAACAGGGUUCCUUUGACAGCUCUUCCCUCUGAGAAUGAAUUCUUUUCCCACAGCGAGUACACACCAAACACCGGCUCAGCCAUAUCUCACAACCCAUCAGGUGCCUUUGGGUGUUACCAGACCUCAGGUUCCUCUUCUGGUGUCCCUCAAAGUCAACAGUGGAACAGACAAAGCAACUCACAGGCUGCUCCAGCCCAGCAGUAUGGCAGCAACAGACCUGCUCCUGGACCUGCCCCUUCAACUAGAGCCUAUGGACCCAUACCUCAUCCAUACAAAGCUAAAGAGAAAAGCUCAGUGAUGGGACAAUCCAGCAACGCACUGGGACAGCAGGAUUCCAGCUCUGUCAUCAAUUUCAGAAAGAGCACAUAUCAAGGCCCUCGCAGUAGCGAGAGUGGACAAAGCCAGCCAGUGCCCCAUACGGGGUUAUCUCAGAUGGGCCGGAAGUCAUCUUAUGGAACACCCAGUUUCACGCAUCAGUAUUCCCAGCAGUCUAGAGCUCUUCCUCCUCCAGUUCCACCACCCAGGAGGCAGUCUGCUAAUGCUCCGGAGCCACAGAAGAACGCCUGGAAAUUUACAAACAGCUUUGAGCCACUGAGAUCCCCUUUUGAGGUUAAAACGAGCUCAAAUCCACAAAACACUCUGAGAACAACUCCAACUCAGGCAGCAUUUCCAGUGAAACCAGCCACCGAGCACUCACUGAGGAUCCUGACUGCAGUUAUUGAUGGCAUGAGGCACUGGAGUCAGUUUAAAGACAAAGUGCCUUAUUUAUUUGAGAUAUUCGCUACUCUAGACUCUGCGGUCACAGUUGGUCGCUACGGAGCAAAGAACUUCCUCCUGAGAGAUGGGAAGGAGGUUGUGCAGUGUGUCUUUUAUGAAAAUGAGCAGGUACUGCCCCGCCUGAUCCGAGGUCAGGUCCAUCGGUGUGUGGGUAACUAUGACCGCAGUAAAGAUGUCCUGAUGUGUGUGUCUGUGAGGCCGGCUCUGCCUUCAGAGCUGAGAAAUGCUCAGGAAGCUGUCAAAGCCUGUGAUGCAGAAAUGCGGGCGCUGGUCAAAUCACUCAGUGAAGUCUGAGCAGAAAAGCAGCAGCUGCAGAGCAUACCAGUGUUCGGGUGUACGCAGGAGCCAAGCUCAGUGCUGUGUUCUCUAAUUGGUUUUAGCUGCAAGCCCAAGUAGUUUUAACACUUAAACUGUUGAAGUUUUUGACCUGUAGAGGGUGCUGUUUCCAUUCACUUGUAUUUUAUAACAGCUGAGCUUAUGCUUGUGUUCAUGUUGUUUUGUGUUUAUCCCUAAAUAAAAUAAUAAUAAUUUAACCAAAACCUAACCGGAAAGUAAAA